CGUUUUAUGCGCCUGUGCAACUUACGCCAUUAAUGUCCAAUAGGUGUAUCAGAGGUAUAUAAAGAAACUUCAGUGAACGUUUGGCGCUACUUCAAAUUCUCACUGCAACUGUACUUUAUUUUAUUUGUGUCCGUGCAUAAUGUCAGUUGCACCAGCCAUCCAAAUACUAGUAAACAUAGUCAAUGUUAUUAAAAGAUUCAAAUUUGAAGACUUAGAAUCAGCGAUAAUGCCUACGUUUCCUGAAAUAUCAUGGACGGAUAUAAAAUCCACAUUGAUUAAACAGUGUAGAAGUUUCACAUCGGUUAAUGCAGCUCAGCUUAUCAAAGCAGCAAUAGCUAAUGCAAAACUCAGAGUUAGUGAUUUAAGAGAACGCUUUUCGACAUUGCAGUUAAUUGAUGCAAGUUGGCACAGCGAACGCAGAACAUGGUAUGGUCACAAAUUAGUAGGUUCUAACACAUCUGCACAUUAUUUCAUAAGCAGAAGAAUUCAAAGUUCUAUGCAAGAUUAUUUUGAUUCCUUUAAACUGAACAUAGAUGUGAAAAUAAACACACACAAUGGUAUUACAUAUAUCUCUGUGAAAGCAAGGCAUUCAAAACACAAAAGACAAAAAAAUCUGAAUCCAGUUCCUAUUUUCAUUGCUCUAUUCAUCGGCCAUGAGUAUUUCUUUAGUAGUAAAAAAAAUAUAUCAGCCGAUAUAAUACAAGCAAUAGUAAACAGCAUGGGAUACAAGAAAAGUUACACGCUUAAAUUAACAGGCAAAGAUCUUAAAUCAUUGAUUGAAAUGUGUUGGAGGCAGAAAGGAAAAGCAUUGGAUUCUGAAAAUAUUAAUGAAUCUGUGCAGUACAUGGAUGCUAGUCCCGAUAUAAAGAGUACAGGUAUAGACUUUACUCAACAUAAACAACGGAGAAAAUAUGCGGAAAAAUGUUUUGGAGAUGAUCCUCCUACUUUAGAAUCACUUGUCAUAAAUGCAACAAACAUACCUUGGGCACACAAGGAUGUAUCUGCAAAACUACCAAAUGAAAAAAUCGAUGUAACGUGGGAAUUUCGUAGCCAUAAUAUUGCUACAUUUUUAACAAAAUUGAUGGAACAACAAGUACUUAUAACACCUGCACCAAGUUAUAUAUCAAAUUUUAUGGUAUCUGGUAAAAACCAAUAUAUGAUUCGAAAGGAUUGACGACUCUGAUAAUUAGAUGAUAAUUGACAUUCAUGUCUAGUUAAUAACGAAGGCAAAGCAUUAUUGUAGUUGUUACCGUAUCUAAAAAUAUCGUUACCAGUGCUGUUCUUUUGAUUAAAAUUAUUCAGGUCUAGUUUUAUACUUUGUGCAAUUCUUAGAUUGAUGUUUUUGAAGUAUUAUAGGACUUAAUAUAUUUCUAAUUGACUUGACAAAUGAUAUGUUUGGGAUGAAUGAAAUAAAUGCAUCCUCUUUUUAUCGAAAUGGGAUUUUUAUAUUGUAGGACGAAGUUUAUUACAUGAUAAGUUGAAAAAUAUGUGUCAGGUUUAUUCUAGCCUGAUACAUUAAAAUUCAACAAAUGAAAGGUAAUGUUCCAUGUACAUAAAGAUGCAGUUAUAAUAUUUGGUUUUAUUCUUUCAAAUAAAAAAAUCUUGUAUGUAAUUUAUAUAAAACUUUGUUGUAAAAUAAAGGUUUACGAAUAAAAUAA